AUGGCCACCGAAACUUACGGACAUCGACUCAUCUACGAGAAGGACAUGUUUACCUCGGACGUGAUGCUUGAAUAUGCUACCGAGGACUGUUAUUUAUCCUGGCCGAGGUCCCCUGACUCUGGAAGGUCGAGCUUGGAACCUACACCUUCAAUCGACGGCAGCAUUAACCAAGAUUCUUCGCACAUCGCAUACAGAGGAUUGUCCAGGGAUAUUUUGGAAGACAGUGCUGAAGAUAACGAAGUGCUUGAGUCUGGAAAGCGUCGCGGACGUGCUACGAGUGCUGCUGUUUUAAGAAGAAGGCGCUUAGCAGCUAAUGCAAGGGAGCGAAGAAGGAUGCAGAAUUUGAAUAAGGCGUUUGACAGACUUCGUGGUCACCUGCCGUCUUUGGGUGCUGAUCGCCAACUUUCUAAGUACGAGACUCUCCAAAUGGCCCAGACGUAUAUUUCUGCACUUUAUGAGUUACUCCAGUAA